AUGUUGUCUCGCACAAUAAUCUCCUCUAAAGCCUCCUGGGAAAGGAUUCGCCCUCUCCUCCUACAUGCGCCCAAGACCGAACGAGCACCACAUAUUCGCACGCAACCUCUGAGAUCGCAAUCGCUGAAAGGAAGGAGGCAAGAACCAUGCGCUCUAUUUCGUUCAUUCAGCACGAAUGGGCCGACGCUCGCAGAAACAAAGGUGAUUGCGGUACCUCAGAUGGCGGAAUCGAUAUUGGAAGGCGUCCUUGCCAGCGUAUACAAGCGGGUUGGUGACUACACAACGACAUUAACUAUCACUAAGGUCUUAGUCAGUGAAGGCGACACGGUGACUGUUGGGCAGCCCGUGGUGGAGGUCAGCCUGGAGUCGCGCGACCUGAUAAAAGGGAAAUAUAGCGAGGCAUCAAAGGCAAAGCAUAAAGAAGAAUUCAACAAAUCCGAUCUUCAUCAAGAGCCACCAAAGCAGGUUAAAAUGUCCCGCAUGCGUAUGCGCACGGCCGAACGCCUCAAAGAAUCCCAGAACAAGGCGACUUUCUUGACCACUUUCAACGAAGUCGACAUGUCGAGCGUGAUGGAGUUUCGGAAGCAGAACAAGGACGAGGUGCUGAGAAAACACGGCGUGAAACUGGGGUUCAUGGGCCUCAUUUCUCGGGCUUCCGCCCUUGCUUUGAAGGAGAUCCCUACCAUCAACGCAUCCAUCGAGAAUGACGAGAUGAUUAUGUACCGAGACUACAUUGAUCUAAUACGCAACAUCGAGAAUAUGAAAAUAGUUGAUGUUGAGAAAGGCAUUGCCGACUUGGGCACAAUAGCACGCGAUGGCAAAUUGACAAUGGGAGACAUGGCUGGUGGCACAUUUACCAUCAGCAACAGCGGGAUUUGGGGAUCUUUAUUCGGAACGCCGAUAAUCAAUGUUCCGCAAACUGCCGUUCCAGGAAUUUAUGGUAUUCAGGAGCGUCCUGUUGCCGUCAAUGGAGAGGCUGCCAUCCGACCGAUGAUGUAUACGGCGUUGACUUACGACCACCGUCUGGUGUAUGGACGAGAAGCUGUCACUUUCCUCACAUUAGUAAAGAAUCAUUGGGAGGAUCCUUCCAAUAUGUUGAUUGUCUAA